AUGUAUAGAGUUAUGAUAUGUGAAAAUAAUUCUUUUUCAACAGCCGUCAAAAGAGAAUUAUUAUCAAAAAGUGUUUCUCAAAAUUCUAAUUAUUACAAUAUGAACAAAAAAAAUAACUAUAACAGUAAUAAUAAUUCUACAAAAGAUAUUAAUGUUUUGAAGAAAGUUAAUAAUGGUUCAUUUACACAAUCAGUUGAUUCAGCAAUUUCAAUUGAUGAUGGAAAAGUAAAAAGUUCUGAUGAAGGUACAAAACGUUCUGAUGAAUGUUUUUUAAAUGCAUGUGAUAAUGAUAAAAAUUUAAAAAUUAAAAAAGAAGUUUCAAGACUUACUAAAAAGCAACAAAUUGUUUUAGAAAAAACUUUUUCAUCUAUUAAGGAUAGAGCUGUCCCAAAUGGUAUUAAAGUAUUAUUAAGAAUGUUUGCUGAACAUCCUCAAUAUAAAGAUAUAUGGCCUCAAUUUAGACCAUAUCCGGAUAGUUCUUUAAUGUGUGCCCCAGAAAUAUCAAGACAUGCUAAAAUAUACAUGAAAGGUCUUGAAUACAUAAUUUCUACAUUAAAUGAUGAAGAAAAAUUGUGUAAAUCUUUACAACAAAUUGCUAGAGCACAUACAAAAUGGAAUAUUCAUAAAAAACAUGUUAUGCAUAUGCUAGAACAAGUUUUAAUAAUGUUAGCUGAUGAAAUUGGAUCAUUAACAAAUGAAGAAAAAGAAGCGUGGACAACACUGUAUGAUGUUAUUGCAAAUAUGGUUGAUAUUUUAGCUGGAAGAGUAUGA